AUGAGUGAUCAUCUAGAUUCUGGUGCUAACCGGAAUAUAACGCCUGAAAAUUCACAACCAACACUAGGUGCUGAUAUACUUCCGCCUUCUGGGGGUUCUUCUUCUCAGCCUGUUGAUAAAUCCACUUGCUUUAUUGAUAUGGAGCGAGUUGGAGAACAUGAUGGUUGCGAUGAAAAGGAGCCACUUAUUCAGACAGUGGAAUGCCGAAUUUGCCAGGAGGAAGAUAGCCUGGUGAAUUUGGAGGUUCCCUGUGCUUGUAGCGGCAGUUUGAAGUAUGCUCAUAGGAAAUGUGUUCAGCGAUGGUGCAAUGAAAAGGGAGACAUCAUUUGUGAGAUAUGUCACAAGCCUUACCAGCCUGGAUAUACUGCCCCACCACCACCACUGCAGCCAGAAGACACUGCAAUCGAUAUAGGUGAAGGUUGGACUAUUGCUGGCACUCCAUUGGAUCUGCGUGAUCCCCGAAUUUUGGCAAUGGCUGCUGCUGAACGCCAUUAUCUAGAGGCUGAGUACGAUGAGUAUGCUGAUAGUAGUGCGAAUGGGGCUGCAUUUUGUCGAUCUGCUGCUCUAAUUCUAAUGGCUCUUCUACUCUUGAGGCAUGCUAUGUCCCUAAGCAAUUCAGAUGAUGAUGAUGAUGAUGCAUCUACAUUUUUCUCUCUUUUCUUGCUUAGAGCUGCUGGGUUUCUUCUGCCAUGCUAUAUCAUGGCUUGGGCUAUCAGCAUUCUUCAACGAAGAAGGCAUAGGCAGGAAGCAGCAGCACUUGCAGCAUCAGAAGUUGCCUUCAUGAUACAGGCAGGCCAGCACCCAGGCUUGCAUUUCACAGUAGCUGCUGGUCCCGCAUUAACAACUCCUGAAGAAGCAGCACCUCCUCCGCCUCCGAGACAUUCAGCUUAA